AUGUUAUAGUCUGACGAUAGUUAUGUAUAUGAAAAAUCGAUGUUAUUGCGUAUACAUCGAGUUUUAGUGUUUAAACCUACAGUCGAUAUUGUAGUUAAUCGCCUUUUAUGGUUUAUAGAUUUUUUAAUCUAUGUUAUAUUUAGUGAAUAAAUGCAAGUUAGUAUAGCGAUAUUUAGGUUUCGUGUUAUAAUUUAUUGAUAUUUCAGGAUAUCGAUGCUGUUAGAUCAGUUUUACCUAGGUAUCCAUCCAACUUUAACCUAGAUACUUUUUGUUUAACCUAUUUAACCAUCCCUAUUAUAAACUAUUCUAACUAACCGGUUGGCGUCAUUUAUCACUUAUUGAUUUCACUUUGAGCUGGGUGGGCUUAAAAUCACGCAAGUCCUUGGCCUGAAAAAAAGUCCGUACUUUCAGUUUAUAAAUGUGUUCUCUUUCGGUUAGGUUUUUGAUUUUUUGUUUUCUGAAAUCUAAAGGAAGACUCAAAAAUGGCAAAUUCCCGCCUUGUCAUUUGUAGGUUUUCACAUGUGAAGCCUUAUUUUGUCCAAUUAGACGGAAAUAGAAUGUAAAAUAGGUCAUCGGGGUCCGCUCGUUCUCGCUCUUUUUCCUCCUAUGUUACUUUUUCUUAGAAUGUUUGUUUUAGUGUUCCGUUUGUACGAUUGGUUUUGGAGAGAAUAAAAUAAAAACGAUCGUAUUUAAUAUAUUUUGUAAUUUUUAUUUUCCUGGUGGGCCAAUUUGUUCGUUGAAGAUGUGUGGUCUUUUACUGGAACACUUCUUCUAAGGUAAAAACGUAGGAUUAAAUGUCCAAAGUAUGUCGAUUUAUUUGACCCGGUUUGUAAAAUUGCAAUAUGUCGCAUAAGGUUCAAUCUGAAUAAAUAUCAGCUGAAAAACAGAAACACUUUGCACACCGUAGCUGCGAACGGUCGAAAAGCUGAAAAAGCACAGAGGGCUGAAAGAAGGGGAGUUAUAAAUCGAUAAGAACGAAGGUCAGGGAAUACCAACGGGGGUCUCCCAUGGAUACGAGGGUACACACGGAAUCGAGGACGGUGGCUUACACCUCAGUCUCUCACCCUUCUACGAAUAUGUAUAUGCACAACUACACGAUCAAAGACGGUGAUUACACGAAGGCGAUUUACACGAUGAUCAAGGAACAGCGGUUCAACGACGCGGUCAUGAUCCUCAGGAAGCAGUUGGACAAUAACGAAAACUCGAGGGCUUGCCUCUCCCUCCUCGCCUACUGCUACUUCAACACGCAGGAUUUCAUCAACUCGGCCGAGUAUUACGAGAGGUUGGCCAAGUUGGUCCCGAACGAGACGGACUACAAGCUGCACCACGCGCAGGCCCUCUACCAGGCCUGCCUAUACGAGAAGGCGAUGAAGGUGCUCAGCACCAUCACGGAUCAGAGUUACCACAACAAGGUGACAAAGCUAAAGGCGGCGAUCAAGUACGGCGAGGAAGAUUUGAUAAGUGCACGGGCCCUCUUGGAAAACAGUGCCGACGAUGAGCCGGAAACGGAGAUAAACCACGCUUGCAUACUGUACAAGGAAGAGCGAUAUCAGGAGGCCCUGCCUCGGUUCAGCACGGCACUUCUCACCCAAGGCUACGACCCACAUUUGUCGUACAGUCUCGCUUUGUGCUACUACAAGAUCAAGGAUUAUUCGCAGGCUGUAAAAUACAUAGCGGAGAUCAUGGAAAGAGGAAUCAGGGAACACCCGGAGCUCGGGGUCGGCAUGGCGACGGAAGGUAUAGAGUUCAGGAGUGUUGGCAACACGAUGGUCCUACACGAGACGGCCCUCAUCGAGGCUUUCAACCUGAAAGCUGCUUUGGAGUUCAAGCUGGGCAACCUUGAAGCGGCCCGAGAAGCGUUGACAGACAUGCCGCCCAGAUCUGAAGAAGAGCUGGACGCGGUCACCCUCCACAACCAGGCCCUCAUGAACAUGGAAAUGCGGCCCACGGAGGGUUUCGAGAAGCUGCAGUUCCUCCUUCAGCAGAACCCCUUCCCGCCCGAAACCCUCGGCAACCUGCUCAUACUUUACUGCAAAUACGGAUACUUCAACCUGGCCGCCGAUGUGAUAGCUGAGAACCAGCACUUGACCCAGAAGUACCUCUCUCAGUACCUGUACAGUUUCAUCGACGCACUCAUAACCCAGCAGACGUCGCCGGACGACGCGUACAAGAAGUUCGAGGAGAUCGCCGUCCGCCACACUGAGAGCCUGAGGAAAGCGACGAAACGGGUCCAAGAGGCGCGCAACUCCCAGGACGACGCCGCCGCCAAACGAGCAGUCGCAGACUACGAGGAGACCCUCGACAGUUACAUCCCCGUCCUCAUGGCCCAGGCGAAAAUAUACUGGGAUCUGGAACAGUACCACCAGGUCGAAUCCAUAUUCCAGAAGUCUGUAGAAUUCUGCAACGAGAACGACACAUGGCGUCUCCAGGUGGCCAAUGUGCUCUUCAUCCAGGACAACAAGUACAAAGAGGCCAUAGGCUUCUACGAGCCCAUAGUGAAAAAGUCGUACGCUAAUCUUUUGAACGUGAGCCCAGUCGUGCUGGCCAACCUGUGCGUCUCUUACAUAAUGUCCGCGAUGAACGAGGAGGCCGAGGAGCUGAUGAGGAAGAUCGAGAAGGAAGAGGAACGCCUUCACUACGAAGAGCCGGACAAGAAGGUCUUCCACUUGUCCAUAGUGAACCUCAUCAUCGGGACCCUCUACUGCGCCAAGGGCAAUUACGAAUUCGGCAUUUCCCGUCUUAUCAGAAGCCUUGAGCCGUACAACAAGAAGCUCUCGCCCGACACGUGGUACUACACAAAACGAUGCGUACUCUCCCUUAUCGAAAACAUGGCCAAGAGGAUCAUCUUCCCGACCGAUUCGUUCUUUCAGGACUGUCUGGACUUCCUGGACAACUGUGAGGUGUUCGGAAAAGACGUGAAGACGUCAGUCGAGAAUCCGCUGGAGGACGUGGCCAUCCACGAAGGUAGAAACACGGUCGCGUAUGAAAGCAGGCUUUUGAAAGAGUUGCUCGUCCGCGUCAAUAUUCCCAACGCGCUUCUCUAACCGAAUAAUUCACUAGUUUUUCCCCCAAUUUCCAGACGUACGGACGGACGGCGUAUGAUCCAUAAAAAAAACUGUUUUACCCUUG